AUGUCUAUUUCUAGCGGGCAAUACACACAAACAUAUAAGAGCAACAAUGAUCAAAUUAAGUAUAAAAGGUUCCUGCUCUAAAACCGGGCCCGGAUGAGGUUUUGAUCAACAUCAAAUAUACUAGAGGUGAGUUGUGGGAUCUGAUUUGGUUUGAUAGUUGGCUCCCGUUAUUAAUUUAUACCGAUCUUCAGGUAAAAGCUGCUGCUAGAUUGCGGUAAUGGGAAGUUAUUAACAAUAAGUAGGCAUUAAAGGAUGACUGGCCUUUGCGCACUAAACAAAAUCUGAUUGGCGGUCACUAAGGUAUGAUCUAUUAGUUAGGCUAAAGAGUGUACAUUUCUGACUGUCUUCAAGGUGCUGGUGUUGUCCUUACUGUUUGCGAACUGGUUGAGGACAUCAAAGUAGACGACCAUGUGGGCACCGAGUGGCUCAACAGGAGUUGCGGCCACUGCGAAUUUUAUAAGUUUGUUCCAGUUAAUCUUUAUACGACCCUUACUAAUGUGAAAUAGGUGUAACUGGAUACGAGCGCUUGUGCGAGAAUCCUCUACUGGAACUUUCUGGCAAUUUGCGAUUGGCAAGGCUGUGCAUGUCCCUACAAGUCCUAAAGGAGCUCCGUUGGAUGCGAUUGCACCUAUUCUCUAUGUAGGAAUCACUGUUUGUACCUGAUGACUACCUAUUGUCCCUAUCAAACUAACUCUAGUAGGUUUAUAAAGCCCUUAAAUAAUCUGACGCGUGGACAGGCCAAACUAUAGCCAUCAUUGUGCCGAUGGUCAUCUCCGCACUCUCGCUGUAAUCAUUCUAGGAUCACUCCCCUAUACUGGAGCUAAUUGAAGGAUUUUAGGUGCAAUAAGCCAAAGCAAUUGAUUUCCGUGUUAUAGCCAUCGAUACUAGGAGCGAAAAGCAAGAAGUGUGUCACAGCAAACUCGAUGGUGAGGAAUUUUUGGAUCUUGCGAAAGGCAAUGUGGUGGCGAAUGUCAACUUUGUAACCGGGGGCCCAGGGGCCCAGGCUGUGAUCCUUCUCGCUGUGAGCGAGAAACUUUUCCAACAAUCCGCAGAGGUAAAUCUACUCUAGAACUACUCCGUCUUAAAAAAAAGGAUUAAACAAUUAAUGCCUGGGGUGAAUAAUAGCAUGCACAUCUUGUAGAACCGUAGUCUACGUACUAGUAGGUCUCCCCUGAAAGCCCGCAUUUCUGUCGAAGUAUUCUCGACCAUCAUCCGAAUGAUUAACAUCAAGGGAUCCUACAUCGGCAACCUCUUCAACACCCAAGAAGCAAUCAAUCUCUUCAGUCUCAUCCAAGUCUCCUUCAAAGUUGGAGAGCUCUCUGAGCUCACUCAAAUGAUCCAACUCCUGGAGGAAGGCAAAAUUACUAGACGCUAUGUUUUUGAUACAAGCAUAAGCCCAAUCAACCAUAUUCUCGGCUGAUUUUCUGAUCUAACAUCUCUGUUCAUGUAGAAAUAAUUGACUAAAAAAAUGAGCUUUCCUGUGCAAGCACCACAUUGCUUUAGGUAUUAGGCGGGGUCUGGUUUGAGGGCGUUGUUGACGGUAUCUGCUGUUUUCGUGGGUUGUUCGAAAUUCCAUAAGUUAUAAUUUUUGAGUGUGGUUCACCGCCAGUCGAUC